AUGCAGCCCUACAGCACUCAGAAGGCUUUGGACUUGAUCCUGAAACAAGUCAACCCCUGUGACUCAGAGGGAGAAGAUGUAGACCUUCAGCUGAAUUCAGACUCUGAAGUUUCUUCUGAUGAGACUUCAUCCCCACCAAGAAAGAGACGCCAUCUGGAAACGCACACUGGGCCGACAGAGGCGGCAAAAGACGGCGCAGUGUGGCGUGAAGAGCCGGUGGGGAGGCCUCUCCAUUUCACCCCUGUCGAAGCCUACGCCACUGAUGGAGAGCCAACGGCUGAGGCCAAGAGAAAUGUCGGGAGUCGCCUUCAGAGCUUCCUGUGUUUCAUCACAGUGAAAAUGCUCCGCGUCAUCCAACAAUGGACUAAUCAACAUGCACGGGAAACAGAGGAUGAGAACUGGUUCAUGAGCCUCCAUGAACUGAUGGCAUUUAUUGCCAUUCUCAUCUUGCAGGGGGUGACCAAGCUUCCAUCGAUGAGUGACUACUGGUCAGAAGAUUUGGGAAACAGAAAAAUCAUGGAAAUUAUGUCCCGAGAUCGAUUUAAAGACAUCAUGCGACACCUGCGCUUCGAUGACAAGUCCACCCGCAAAGAGCGAGUACAGACUGAUAAGUUUGCAGCCAUCUCCAGUGUGUGGGGAUCGUUUGUCACCAACUGCGUCACAUCCUACAACCCUGGUCGACACAUCACCAUAGAUGAACAGCUUUUCCCCACGAAGACUCGCUGCCCUUUCUUGCAGUACUCUGCAACCAAACCGGACAAGUGCGGGAUCAAGUUUUGGGUGGCUUGUGACUGGAAAUCCAAGUACGUCUGCAAUGUCCUCCCAUACCUCGGCAAGGACCCCAGUCUUCCCAGUGGAGACAGACUGUCUGAAGAUGUGGUGCUGCGCCUCAUGGAACCGUUCCUGGACCAGGGCAGAAAUGUUACAGUGGACAAUUUCUUCACUUCACUGUCACUUGCCCAACGACUGCUUAGCCGGAACACCACCCUCCUCGGCACAGUCAACAAAAAUCACCGGGAAAUUCCUCAAUCUGCCAGACAGACGGACCUCAAACAGUUCACCACUCAGGUGUUUUCGACCACCGGUGCCACGCUGACGGUGUACGCUCCCAAGCGGAAGAAGAGCGUCUACCUUCUCAGCAGCAUGCACAGUGAGGUUCAGACGGAGAACACCACCAAGAGGGAGACAAACACCGUCACCCUCUACAACACCACAAAGUGCGGCGUGGAUGUGAUGGACCAGACGGUGCGGGAGUUCACAGUCCGCAGAGGAACACGGCGCUGGCCAGUCGCCGUGUUCUACAACAUGAUCGACAUGGCGGCGCUGAAUGCUUAUGUUCUGCGUCAGGCGUGCACCGGGGAGAAGGAGAGACGGCUGGACUUCCUGGUGAAACUCGCAAAGGAGUUGGCGAACUCUUAUAAUGGAAACGCCAUGGUUAUGUGA